CAGUUUUUGGGCUCCGAACGCAAUUUCACGGCUUUAUUGUUGUUCUUUGAAAGUUCGCCUUCUGGCAUCUUUGUAUGAGUAAUAUCAAUCGAUAAGCUAGACUUUGAGUUCGACUUCUGGGCUGAUACAUCGUCACCAAAGCAAACUGAAAUGUUUUGGAGCCGCACGGCACCGGUAGAAUCGAGUUUACUUUGGGGAUCUCGGCACGACUGCAACUUACGCGCCUUUCUAUCCCGAACUAACGCUUAGCGGCGUCCGCAAUACCCGGUGUGGCCCGCACGGUAAUCCAAGUCCACGGAUCUCGCACUUGCGAGACGGCCCGAGAGGAAACUCUGUUUCGAAAUAAGAGGUUCCGAGGAAAAGGACAGGUGCGCAUUCACAAAAGCUGUACGAGCUGUAGCCGUACGUUGGCUUUCGAAGUGAACGCAUAGUAAAUACUAAUGUGUUGCAUGCCUACUCCUUCGAUAUAAAACGAGAGAGGCUGUAACUGAACGAGCGUCGCGGACUUCACAGCGAGGACGCUUUACCAGGCAGGUGGACAGCCAUUACGAACUGUAUGUCGCAAAUUUGCUGUAGCACGUUUCUAAAGUGUCCCAAGGAGCGGACAAGAUAAGAUAUGAGUAGCGGCGGGCCAACUCAGCUCCGGCCGGGAGGAGGAACGAGUCCGACGAUAGCAGGUUCGCCAGGUGCUGGUGGUGGUUCGUCAGAUGGCGCAGAUGGGCAACCACCCGAGGCCGGCAAAGCGCCGCUGUUGCCUCUUUUGGACCCCGCAGGUCUUGGCAAGAAACGCGUGACCGACCUUCGCGUAGAGGCAGCCGAUCGACCGCUCUCGUACUGCCUCAAAUGUACCGAGGGGAUUUUUCAGGGACGGUACCUUUACCCCUCCCUCGGGGGAGAGAUCUUCGGCUCGGACCCGACUGAGAGUAGUAUAACUAUGCUCAUUGAAAAUGCCGAUCUCGCGCCAGUGCAUGCGAGAAUUGACGCCACGCCGGCCACAUCAUCAACUUCGCAAAGUGCUCCUUCAGGCCGGCCAACAUUGUAUCUUCAACCAGAAGCAGGCGAGACGUGGACAGCGCUUCGAUGGAACAGAAGUUUGCAGGUGAGAAUAGCGACGCACUUUAGUACCUGAUGUACUUCUAGAAAUUCUUUUUAGUCUGAUUCCUCAUGGCUUGAGUUGAUUUCGUAUGAUUGUCAAACUUACUCUUCAAUGAUUCUUGAUGUGAAUUCAGGUCGAGAUUGAGAAGAGCAAACUGUCUUUUCCAAAAACCUACUCGACACUAGAUCCAGCCGGGACAAGAAGUGCAAUUUACAUCGAACGAAGGGGGGCAGCUUCCGUGGAGUCUACGACUUAAAGUCGAAGAGGGUCCGGAAAUCGAGGAUGAAAUCCUAGAAUGGCUCAAGCUGUACAGCAGCGAGGACAGCAGGGACAGCGUAAGCACAUCGUGUCGAAAACUGGAAGACUUAAGAGGGAAAACUGCAGAAGAGGUUAUAACGGAUCCAGCAAGAAUCACAGACGGAAUACGGAAUGGGUUCGACGAGCUUCCGCGACAGUAUUUUUAUCGCUAUGUGAAAAUUAUUCAAGUAGAUGAUUCAGCAGCUAGCAGUUUUCAUUCCUGAGAAAAACUAUGCGACCCUCUUAAUAAUUAUGGAUGCAGCUGCAGGGCGAUGACGGCACUGAUUUCGCUUCCACUGAGAAAUGCAAACUGUUCUCAUUCUCAGGUUUCCAGAAGGAGUUGCGUAUCCGAAGAGGCGGCUAGUGGUGAGAAACGAGGAAAGCGGCAAGGAGUAUGCGAAUGUGGCAUGGAGCGGCGGUUUUCUGGUCAUAGAAGGUCAGCGGGCGCACGGAAACGGGCAGGAUCCGCGGUCUAGUCCGCUUUCAGCCACGCCGGCAUCGCGGCUUGACCAGAGCCUUCCUGGCAGCCUCAGCCCGAGUCAGCGACGCAUUGGCGGUGAAGGCGCACAGAGCUUGAUGGGUAAGAUGAUAAGAUUCCUAGAUUGACAACUUGGACACACAAAUUAAGUACGUAUGAAAUAUAUUAUCCCAGAAAAUCAUUGCCGAAUUUUCAGCCAUGAGCUGCAGGGGAAGAAUAACAUAAGAACAAAUUAUACAACUGAGGAACGACUUUGAAUUAUUAUCCCAGAAAAUUUUCUUGUGAUUUGCAUAGUGUUCUCUCAAGUUUCAUAUCGCUGCACUUUACAGCCGUUCCCUUUUGAUUUUCACAGCACAAGCAAUGCAGCAAUUUAAUCGUCUGAAGACGGAUGGUUUGUCAGAAGGUCGGGAGGAGAGUUUUCGAAUAUGCUACUGCAGUAAUGGUUCAUACUAUUGCCAUUUUGAAAACGAACCUAGCAGUAGCUCGAGACACUGGCUCAGGCUACGACAAGGGCAACGGCACAGCUUACAGCCGGGCGACUCGUUCAAGAUAGGCUCCCUAGAGUUCGCAGUUUUAAGGUACUCGUCCUCACACACCAACAACAAAGACAAAAUUCCAUUUCACCUUGAUACAACAGCAUUUUGAGUUUUUUGCAACAGGUUCGUGCAAGAAAUCAAUGAAAGUCGUUAAUGAUCUUGCUGCGUGCUGUGACUUUCACGUGUUACCGAUAAUUGUCAACAAAGGUAUAACUUCGGCGCAGCGUCUGAGAAGGGGUUCAGGGCCCAUAUGGAGGAUGCAGACUUCGUCGAGCAGGACCUUGCAGUUUCAAGUCAUCGGCUCUGUAGUAUGUAUGCCGUCUAUGAUGGGCACAGUAAGCGAGAUUGUGUGGACUACAUUAGAGUGCGGUUGCAUCUCGAGAUAGCAUACAAUCUGCAGCAAGAGGUCGACUCCACCGAAGACGUACUGCUUCUUUGAUUCGAAUCCUUCCACUUUUUGUCGUGCAGUCUUCUUUCACAAAUAGUAGGCAUCGUCUUUUAAAGCAUGAUUUGUCAAGAGAUAAGCACAUAGAUUUGGCUUUGCUUUGAAAAUCUUCAAGGUUCACGAGCUAGUUCGAAAAGCUUUGUGGGAUAGUUCGCUGUCGGUAGACGACGGAUUUAAAGUGCAUCGGAAUGCUGACGCGAGCGAGGCUAGUUCCGGAUGUGCUGCGAUCUUUGCAAUUUUGUUAGGCGCGUCGCUAUAUGUGGCUUGUGUCGGCGACAGUCGUUGUGUCCUGAGUCGCGGGGGCACGGCGUAUGACCUUAGUUGGGAUCAUAGGCCUGACCGAGCCGACGAAAGACAGAGGAUUCAGGAGCGUGGGGGCUUCGUUUCCUUCUCCCGAGUUCUAGGUCGUUUGGCAGUGUCCCGCGCUUUCGGAGAUUUCGAAUACAAAGAGCUAGCACUAGAGCAAGUCACAGGCCCACUAGUCAUUGCAGAACCAGAAAUCAGGUGCGUUUUGCUUCGCAAUUCGAUAGUUGUAAAUUAUUUUCAGUGAUCUCACAAUCAAUGCUUCUUAAUAUUCUAAGGUCUACACGCUUAUUUUCAGCUCUGAUGAUAUUGUCAGGAGUAGCGUGAGGUGGACACAUGCAUUCUUAUUAUGAGCUAAAAAGACCACCACGGUCUAGAUCUUUAUUUUACUUUUACUACGUGGUAGCUAUGUCUUGGAUUCUUCACUGUCGUUGCUACUUUCGCUGAUUUCGAUCUGCUCAUCUUUCAAGGUAUACGGAGCUUCAAGCAACCGAUGAGUUUCUGAUACUGGCUUGCGAUGGCCUUUGGGACGUGAUGGAAUCACAGGAAGCCGUAAACUUCGUCAAAAGUCGUGCGGUGGGGCCCGAAGUCGAUCCCGGAGCGGUACCUUUUUGCUAACCUUGUUUAGGCCUCUCGCUGAUAAACGAAGGUCUUGGAACAUAACUGUGAUUUAGUCGUGAAGGCAAGUAUCUUCUAGGUGAAGUCUGAUCUUUGACGUACCGACCACGGCUUCGGUCAGUUGCGUAUGAUCUUCCGAGUGGUAUCCAUAUUCAGCGACCUUUCCAAUCUAAAAUCAAACCAGAUUGCGCGGCAGAUCGUUUACGAGGCAAUUCAUGUUAGAAAAUCGCGAGACAACGUUUCUUGUGUGCUGGUGUUUUUUCAAAAAUCCGCAGUGGACGGAGAACCGCCAGUGCCGGUAGCCUCUAACAGUCUGCCGCAAGGCGUCGAAAUAGUAGACUGAGGACAAACUACCGUUCUUUUCCAAGCCCUCGGUCCUACUGUUCGCUCUUCAGUUCUCGUGAGGUGAAGCGAAUAGAGACGGUCUCUUCGAAAUGCUCGGCAGGAGCAGGAUUAGCAAACGAUUAGCAUUGUAGCAUUAGCCUUAGCCACUCCUGAUUUUUGCAAAUUAGGAUUUUGGUAAAGGAACUCCGAUUUCUUUGAUGUUUAGGGAUAAGAUUUUCGCUGUUUACUUUGUCCAAGCAAUAGAAUCUUUUACAAGUUACAUUCGUCACCGUCGCGUCCUAGUUGACAGAAGCUUUUACUUCAGUCAUCAACGAAUCUCGUUGUAGCGUUUCCGUGUAUCCAAGUCACGUCACCGUUAGAAUGAAUUGUCUUUUCUUGUGCCCGUUGAGAAAAAGGUUUCCGGUAUAGUUGUCAUCGUAACUACUGUAAGAACGCCGAAGGUCUGGUCCUUCAAGACCCGUCAUGUUGAAUCUCUCGACCACGUAGGUAUAAUCUUCAUGAACUCAUAGGUCAUUGGGCAAGGGGGGCUCAUUGUGCUCAUCUAAUCAAACAUGACAUGACGUUCUUUAGUUGAAUAGCAGGUGCUAGGCAUUCACACCGUGUUUCUAAUCACUUUUUGUGUUUGCAAGUGGAAACACAAUGUGCAUUUGCAAAGAUUGAGGCAGCAGGGUUGGCGCGAUCUAAUGCUGCUCUCCCUGUAUAGUAGAAAAAGGAGAUAUGAGCCCCUGCCUUUCUGCAAAUGAUAAAUAUGUCCUCCAUUUUACGCAUUCUUGAGGACGUUCGUAGUUGCCCACCGUGUGUUACAGGAGCCCUUGAUAAAAAUGAAAGAUGAUAAUGUAACUAAUGUGGUAUGAGGACAUCGAUCACGCCCUAUGCUAAAGACCUUUAACUUUUUCAAUUGCGUGCCUAGGCGGACAUCGAUAGUCCUUUUGAACACGAGAGUUUGUGUGCUUGCGGAGAAUCCACUGCCUUGAUGCUAAGGUCCAACGAUAAUUGGUGCUCUCACUGAGGCAUAUCCGUUGAGAUUGAGUUUCAAUUUUGAAGAAUCCGACGUGCAAGAGGGUGUUGAGCAGUAUCGUUCAUACUGCAUCGUUACCAUGCGUAGCCUUGUCCUAGUACACACCAUAAUGAUUUUCGAUUUUGUAGUUUCUUCCAGUUUUCUCCUACCUACCUUGAAGCCUCUCCUCUCUGCCUUCAAAAGUCACAAGCAUAAUGGAUGAUACUCAUGAAAGAACUCACUUUCAUGAGACGCCCCAUUCCGCACCCUGUCGAAUCAUAAACCCCAAUCGCUAGGAAGAGGCCCAGCAAAUCCAAGGGAGAAUAGCGCUGGACAAGGCGUCCUCUUAAGAACGUGAAGGACAC